UAAUAUAAAAUAGCUUAUUUACCUACUUGCAUAAAGUAAAUUCUUUUAAUAAAAGAAAGUUAAUUUCAAAAGCUCUCUUCGAAAACAUACUAAAACAAAAACGCGAUUUUCAGAUUUAUAAAUGAUAAUUUCAUUAUUGUAUAUGAUUGCAUAUUGUCAUAAAGUCUUCUUCGAUAAAUUGUACUGCAUACUUUAAUACAAUUAUCCGAUAAAUAUUGACAAAAGUAAGUUAGCUAUAAGCUUCAAAAUUGCGCUCCUUCGAGAAUUACUCAGAAGAAUCAUGGAAGACAAUGCUGUCGACAAUAGUGACCAUAAUGAACCUGACAGUGGCGGGGGCGAAGGACUAGACGAAGACGAAGAGACAGAUGAGGAGGAGCAGCAGUUCGAUAUAUCGCUCGCAGCUUCGCACUCGUAUAUGGGUGCGGGGCUGGUGGCGAUGAGCGGACGCAGUGUGCUGGAAGCAGGCUGGGUGGGCCGCGUGCCAGUGGUGGCACACCACGGAGCCGUAUUCCCCGGCGAGACUGUACCUAUGCUCCUGCCACACGCGCAUGACGCUGCCGUGCUUGCCAGCGCCAUCAGGAAUGACAAGCUAUUUGGCCUGCUCUGUCCUGACGAGAGCGGCACGAUGGUGUCGGGUUACGGCGUGCUGUGCGAGGUGUUCGAGGCGGGGCUGGUGGACGGCCAGGACGCGCCCUCCUCGCUCACGUUCAAGGCGCGCGCCAACCACCGCUUCCGGUUGCUGGACAUGCCCAAGCGCUCCGUGCCCAUACACAUUUACAAGAGGAUGCGGUUCGUGGAGGUGCGGGUGCUGCCGGAGGUGCAGCCGGGCGCGCCGCUGCGGCACGCGCGCCUCGCCAGCCUGGACGCGCGCCGCCGGGCCUCGCGCACGACCACGCCACUGGAUAGCCAUAUGCGCAGUAUGGACGCGGUGGUGACGCCGUGGCCGCUGUUCCUAUACGAGAUCUUUGACUACCAACGUAUGCGGCAGAUCAUCAAAGACUACUUCAAAACUAUAAUGUUUGACAAGCUGCCGGAGGACCCGGUGUCGCUGUCGUUCUGGGUGGCGUCCAACCUGGCGCUGUCGCCGCGCGACCGGCUCGCGCUGUUCGUGGUCGACAACGCGCUGCUGCGCCUGCACAUGGAGGUCAAGCUCAUCAGCCGGAAAAGUGUGUUAUGCUGUUCGUCUUGCAUGGGGGAGAUCGCGCGGCGGGAACACAUAUUCGCAAUGUCCAGCGAGGGCGUGCACUCCAACUACACGAAUUUAGGGGGAUACAUGCACGACAUCGUGACGGUGUCGACGGCCAUCAACACGGAGCUCAACGGCGCCCCCUCCGCCGAGUACUCGUGGUUCCCCGGCUACACGUGGACCAUCGCGCUCUGCGUCGGCUGCAUGGCGCACGUAGGCUGGAGGUUCGACGCGCUGAAGCGCAACCUGCGGCCGCAGCGGUUCUACGGGCUGUGCCGCAACCACGUGCAGCCGCGCGCGGCCGCCGAGCCCGAGCGCUCGUACACGCCGCCACCGCCGCCGCCGCCGCUGCCGCCAGCCUCCUGAGCCCGCCGCGCUACCCUCACCUCCACCCUCUAACAUCGGUCACGGGUCUUGAUCCGAUCUCCCGCUGCUAAAAUAUUAUCGAGUACAAACAUUCACGUUCGAUCGUAACUGCAAUAGAAUUGACCUGUACAGCUUUAGAAAUAGUUUUUUUUAAUCAAUCACAAGUAUUAUUAUAUAGUAAUUUUUUUAUGAUUCUCCUGCCCCCUGCGAAUGCAAUUACAGCUAAAAACGGGCACGUCUCAACUUUUGUUUUUGUUUUACAACAAAAAAUAUUGUAAUUAUAAAUUUGUGUCAAUAUAGACUAACAGACAUUACAAUCUCUUGCCUCGUUCAAGAGGCAGGUGAAAUCUCAUUUCACAUCUCUAUAAUUUGCCUCGAUGUUUCCUACAUGUUAUUUACCUUGAUCUAUUUAGUAUAUUUAUGUACUAUUAUUUAUAUUAUAUACGUAUGUUUAGGUAAUUUAUUGUUAUUUUUAUAUAAAUGAUAUUUAGAAAUAAUAUACAUUUUAUUUGGUUACUUUUUUUUACUUACUGUUUGACUGGCACCAUCUACAUUUCUCUCUGUACUUUUUAACAAUUUAUAUCAAGUUGUCUGUAAGAAAUUGCUUUCAUAUCUCUUUCAUGCACAAUAAAUAUUUAUUAUUAUUACAAGAGUUAUUUAAAUAAAUUUAAAAACAUGAUAAUAUUUUACCAAAUCGAGAUCAAGCCGUGACCGGCAUCAUAGUGUAAAUCUAACCUAUAUGAUACCACCAAAAUUUGGUGAACAUACUAAUAUCCAAAAUCUCUAUGCUCAUUUGCCUACAUGAACAUACAAUAAGGUUAUAGAACCAGAAUUGAUUUUUUAAAUUCGAAUAAAGGUGAAUGUUUAAUGACUUUUGUUGCCGACUGUACUUACCGCGUCCCAUGACCUAACAUUUUUCAGACCGUUUGUACGCCAGACAGCUUGUUUAGCUUUUUUGUCGUAACGAUUGUUUCUACUCGAUAUUCGUGUUAUACUUUUCUAAUUUGUAUGACAAGACACAGUUGCCGAACUUCGAAAAAUACUUUUAAAUUAAUUACAGUAAUCUGUAAUGAAAUUAAAAGAGAUGUUCGAAGAAUUAUAAGUACCACCCAAGCAUACGAACCGCCUCGUUUCCAAGUUAGAAUAUCCUGUGUUAUAAGGAAUGAGGCAAAUAUUUGGGACUCAACCGAACAUGAGUCACUUUAGAUAAUUCUAGUUAAUAGAUUGACAGACGUUAUCUUUUGAGAAUUUGCUCCAAUUAAGCAAAGUAUGUCCCCGUGGAAAAAAAAUCCAAUCAGUUGACAAACUCACUUUUUACAACAUUAUUACGCUUUGCGUAUUUUGAAAUGUUUUAAAUAUGUUUUCAACUUAUUGUUUAGUGUUAUUGAAGUAAUUUAAAAUUCAUUCAAUGUCUAGAAAUGUUAGUUUUAUUAAUUGACCUCUACAAUACUUUUACGCAAGUGACGUGCUUGCUGUUGCGCCGUUGCGUUUUUGUAUAUAUUAAUUAUUUAAUUUACAUAUCUUAGAGUUAUUGUUUACAUAUAAUUUUGGGCAUCAUUUGCAAAUGUCAAUAAAAAUGCCAAAAAUGUAUAUCACCAAAAAGAAAUCUAAUAAAAAAUUUAAAUUAAAUAUUGGCGAGGACUUAAUUAGUUUUUAUAAGAUUUAUUAGAAUGGAAUUUAAUAGUAAAUUUUAAAUUCGUUAUAACUUCUAUCAACCUGCUAGUCUAGGUACAGUUUCUCUCUUUAGAUUAUGAUCUAGUUGAAUCAAAGUAUGGAACCGACUCCCAGCAAAUUUCCGAACAGAUACCAUAUAGAAACCGUCAAAAAGAGCAUAUUCCUUUCUAAAAGGCCAUCAACACACCUGCAAUUUCUCUGAUGUUGCGGUUGCCUGUGGGCGGUAGGUAUUCACUUUCGAUCAGCUGACCCACAUGCUCGUUUGCCGUCAUUUAUAAAAAAAUCUUUUUCUAUGUAAGAGACAUUACUUCUUGAGACAUGGCUGCGUCGUUUUUGAUUAACCAUAUUAUUAGCGUGUGGCAUUAGAUUACAAAAUGGAAUGUAGAGACGUAACACCCUAGUCCUUAAAAAUGGCUACUAUUCAGAAGUACCAUGAGCGUUUUGUGAUGCCCAUGGUUUACCACAGUAUACGGCGACCGUUACAACUUCUCAUCAGGUGGCACGACAGCUUGUUUGCUAUUCCAAGUUGUACAAAAAAAUACCCUGUGGUCGGACCAGAAUAAUCUUUUAACGGAAUUAACGUACACUGUACCUGUACUUAGUAGGAAUUUUUAUAUAAAUAUUUUAUAGUCUUUCGUCUCUUAUUAUUUUAUGCUCAAUUGAUUUAAUUACUUAAUGUACAUUAUUAUUAUUGUAUUUACAUAUCGCAUUGCGAUCGAUGCUGUUUAAGAGCUAUAGCCUGUCAACUUCGAUCACAUCCAUAAAAUCGCAGACUAGUAGUGAGAAGCGUACGGAUGGGGAGUUCUGAUGUUUAUAGGGUAACGCAAAUGGUAUACCACGUCGAUUCCGUGCGAGUGUCUAAGAGUGUGCGCGAAGUUGGCAAGUUAUGGGACAGAAUUGUAACGACGCUGUAUGUAUACAAUGCAUCUCAGUAGGUAUAUUAUACCAGAGUAUAUGUAUAGCAAUAUUUUUGUAGUAACAAUUAGACAACAUUACAUCGUCGUGGUUUGUGUCACAUCAAGUGUAAAACGGUAUCACAUUACAAAAGUAAUGUAAAUGUGCAACUAUGUAAAUAGAUAGGUAUUAUUAGAUUAUAUACCAUUUAUGCCAUUUGUGUUACCUAACCUUUAAAUUAAUAAAGUAUAUUGUUGAUAUUGUA